UACACUCAUUCGUACUUGUCAACUGGUUCUACGCUUAAAGCCAGGUAAAAUAUGCAGGAUAGUAUACAACUGAUAAUGUGCGGGGAACCAGUAUAGGAGACAUGUAAACAAGGAAAUAACACAGAUUUUAGAUCCAGCAAGUCACCCUGAUCAGUACAACCAACAUGUGCAGAAAUGUAUUGUCAUCCUCAAUAUUUAUUCUCGAAGCACGGAUUUCUCGUGCAAGUAUAUCUGUCACUUGCAGUCAUUUUCGGAACCAUUUUCUGGAUAGAAGCAACAACAGUAUUGUGUGACAGAUGUUUAAACAAUAGCACGUGCCGCGUUAUAACACAUAUUGAAUCAAAUGUUUCGACCUUCUAUUGCGCAUGCUUGCAAGGAUGGAUCGGUGAGCGUUGUCAUAUACGUGUUCGUCUGAUUCUCGUUUCUGUAACUAUGACGUCAGCAACAUUAAAGUGGGAAUAUUUAACAACCGGUUUAGAAAAUCUCCCGAAAAUUACAAACGUUAGAAAUUUAAAAGAUAAUCUAGAACCUUCUCAGAUUGAUCUCACAUCUGGUGAUUAUGAUAAAACAGUCACUAAAGGAACUUACUAUCGAUAUACGCAAGCGCAAUUAAACGUUAAUUAUUGGUCCGAUAGUCAAAGAAGUGAGUGCAAUAUUGUCCCUAAUCUUACCAAAUCAGUUUUUACAAUCUCAGGUCUGGACAGCAGAACAGAAUACACGUUUUGUGCCAAAACUGAUCACACAUACAUGUGUGACUUUGAUCUAGUCAGUUAUUCAAAUGACAUUGUCCCUGCAUGUGUGUAUGUGACUACAAAAGCAGACGACUGUUCUGUUCCACGUGUUUAUAUAAUCUUAAUUUCUUGUGUAGCUAUAGUUGGAUUAAUCAUCCUUUUAAUUGUAGGAAUUGUCUCAAAGAGAAACAAUUAUUUUUCGUUCCUUAUUUGUUUAAAUCAAAAUAAAGAUCAUCAGGCACGUCGUACUGUUGCCAUGCGCUCACCAAAACCACCAGCGGACGGAUAUCGUACGGACAUAUAUCUACUCAAAUCACCUACAGCUAACCAUACGAUCUCGAUUACUGCACCAAACUGUCCCGGAAAACCAAAAUACCCGUUGAUUAAGAAAAGACUACGAGGUUAUGCCUCGUUUUCAGCUCAGAAUGAGCAGACGAUUCCCCUUUCAACUGUUCUAGAAUAUAACGAGGGUGACUUUGAUGGGGAAUAUAUUCACUCGGACGCUGAAUCUAAUGCAGCAGACGAAUCUGACAUGAUCGUUGAAACCAAUAUACAUGUAGUAAAAAGUGAUGAAGUAAACGUAAACAACUCUGAUGAUUAAUGUGAUGUGCCUUAAUAAUUCAGAAACGCAGUAUUAACGUUAUUGUGACAAGUCAUAGAUUAAAUGCUCACUAGUGUUAUAUGUGUCAUAUAAGAUUGAAAAGGUGUGCGCAUAUUGUAUUAUUCAGUUGCAUUUCAUUGUUGAUAGUAACUAGCGUUUUAUUUUUUACGUUUUUACGAUUAAAGGAAAUAAUUAAAUUGGCUUUGUGGACUCACUAGCUUUAAGUGUAUAUUGUUUCAUUAAGUUGCCAAAGGUACUUGGAGUUUAUAAAUUAUUAUGAAAUAUUUCAUCACAUGUUUAACACAUUAUGUUUUUGCACAAAUUAUAUUUUAAAUUAUAUAUCUUGCACAACUAUUUAUUCUUUUUACCAGACCACCUUUUAAAUCGUCUGCCGUUUGAAACGUCGCUUUAAGAUUUUUCUUUUUAAAAAGUACAUGUUAUGUUGGUUUUUUUUAUGGAAGAUGUUCAGUUAAUGAUAAAAAUAUUAUUUUUUUAAUUCACAUACAGCUUUAAUUAGUUGAAGACCUCACAAUGUAAUCAUUUGUAUGUUAGUGUUUGUAUUUGUUUCUUAUUUGAUAUAAUAUUAUAUUUUAUAAAUGAUCUCAGAUGAUACUAAUUAGAACAGUUUUAGCAAAAUGCCACCUGACUUAUAUACGUGUACGUACAUUUAUAGAGAGUGCCUUAAAGACUAUUGAAAACAUUGAUGUUUACAUGUUUAAUAUUCUAAUUAAUUCUUUAUUUUCAGUUUUACAGGAAUAUACUACAAAAUCAUAUAUUCAAUAUGGCCUCAUUUUGAACGCUAAGUACUGAUAUUUGAAUCAUUUACAAUAUUUGCACAAAUACAUUCAAUAAACAUGUAUACAAAUUUCCUAGCUAAAUAAAAGGCCGUUAAAGGGAUCGUGUAAAAAAUAACACAAGAGGUCAUCUCUGAGAUAAAAUAUUUCUAUCUCCUUGUUAACAUGUUUUUUAUGUUCUUUUUGACAUUGUUUAAUUGUUUAGAGCAAUUAUUUUACCAUAAGAUGAAGGUACAGGUGCUUUUUGCUGUGAUUUAUGUUUUGUAUUUAUUUUCAUGUAUUGAGCUUGAUUCGUAUUUGUGUUUAUAUCUGAAAAUAUGUGUUUUAACUCAUUUUACACUUUGUGUUAAAGAAAUUUUUCAUGUAAAAACAGCUUUUUGUACGUAUAAUGUGCAUACUGGAAACUAAGGGAAACAGCUUCAUAUAUUGUUGACAUGUUUGAUUUAACAGAAAUAGUUUCAAAUAAUUCAUGAUAACAGUUUAUAACUAACUUUAUUGUAUUUUCCUUGGCAUGCUGUUUGAAAGUUAUCAAACUGGCAUAGAAUUUUAUGUUAUACAUGUCUUGUCCUUGAACUUUUGUAAUGUUUAUUCUUUCACACAGAAAAACGACAAUGUUUUGUCAGACGAAAACAAUAUAACUUUGUAUAUUGAAGUAGAAAACAAAACCAUAAAAUUCUCUUUCUGUAAAUUUCUUCAUGAAUUUAUGAACUUUGAAUUGACAUAAUAAUUGUGAUGUGGUUUUUAUUAUUAAAACCGGGUAUCUAUUUAUUGUAGAAAUUUAUUAUUUAUUGCACAAUAUAUAUGCAGUAUUUGCAACUUGAUAUAAAUCAUUUGCUUGUUUUUGUUGUAAAAGCUGGGGUAAAAUAAAGUCUCAGAAUCAUAGACAAAGA